AUGUGGGAGGCUCAGUUCCUGGGCUUCCUGCUUCUGCAACUGCUGUGGAUGGCUCCAGUGGAGGCUCCAAGGCCUGGGUCGGAGGUCCAGGUGGUGUGGGCCCAGGAAGGGGCUCCUGCCCAGCUUCCCUGCAGCCCCACAACCCCCAUCCGGGAUGUCAGCCUUCCCCGAAGAGGAGGGAUCACUUGGCAGCAUCAACCAGACAGGUAUGUGCCCCAAACCUGGGAAACAGAUCCUCUAAGUCCAGCACCAAUGGCAACCAGACUCAACCCAACACCCAAGCCGCCCGGCUCUAGCUCGGCGGCGCCCUCCCUAUACACGGUGCUGAUCGUGACUCCCGGAGGCCUGCGCAGCGGAAGACUGCUUCUGCAGCCUCGCGUCCAGCUGCAGGAGCGCAGCCUCCAGCGCGGCGACUUCUCGCUGUGGCUGCGCCCAGUCCGGCGCACAGAUGCCGGAGAAUACCGCGCCACUGUGCGCCUCAGGGAACACACUUUCACCUGCCACCUCCGUCUGAUCGUCGGUCAGGCCUCGAUGACUGCCUUCCCCUCAGGGUCUCUCAGGACCUCCAACUGGGUCAUUUUGAACUGCUCCUUUAGCCGCCCUGAGCGCCCAGUCUCUGUGCACUGGUUCCGGGGCCAGGGCGGAGUACCUGUCCAAGAGUCCCUGCAUCACCACUUAGCAGGAAGCUUCCUCUUCCUGCCCCAAGUCAGCCCCCUGGACUCUGGGCCCUGGGGCUGCAUCCUCGCCUACAGAGAUGGCUUCAAUGUCUCCAUGAUGUACAACCUUACUGUUCUGGGUCUGGAGCCCCCGACCCCCUUGACAGUAUAUGCUGAAGCAGGUUCCACAGUGGAGCUGCCCUGCCGCCUGCCUCCGGGUGUGGGGACCCAAUCUUCCCUCACUGCCAAGUGGGCCCCUCCUGGUGGAGGCCCUGACUUCCUGGUGGCUAGAGACAAUGGCAACUUUACCCUUCGACUAGAGGCUGUGAGUCAGGCCCAGGCUGGGACCUACACCUGCUGCAUCCAUCUGCAGGGGCAGCAGCUCAGUGCCAGGGUCACUUUGGCAGUCAUUACAGUGACUCCCAAAUCUUUUGGGUUACCUGGCUCCCUGGAAAAGCUGCUUUGUGAGGUGACACCAGCAUCUGGACAAGAACGCUUUGUGUGGAGGCCUCUGGACAAUGAGUCCUGGAGGACCUCCUCAGGACCCUGGCUGGAGGUGCAGGAGGCCAGCCUCCAUUCCCAGCCCUGGCAAUGCCAGCUGUACCAGGGAGAGAGGCUUCUAGGAGCAGCGGUGUAUUUCCCAGCACUGUCUAGCCCAGGUGCUCAGCACUCUGGGAGAGCCCCAGGUGCCCUCCAAGCAGGCCACCUCCCUCUCUUUCUCAUCUUGGGCAUCCUCUGUCCACUCCUUUUGGUGACUGGAGCCUUUAGCCUUCAUCUUUGGAAAAGACCGUGGCGACCAAGAAGAUUUUCUGCCUUAGAACAUGGGAUUCACUCUCCUCAGGCUGAGAGCAAGCUAGAAGGCCAGGACCAAGAGCCAGACCUGGAGCCAGAGCCUGAGCUGGACCCGGAGAUAGGCCCGGAACUAGAGCCGGGGCUGGACCCAGAGCUGGAGCCAGAGCUGGCCCUGGAGCAACUUUGACCUGAAGCUGAAACAGCCAGCAGAUCUCAGCAGCUCAGUCCAAAUACACUCCCUGUCAGCAGCAA